AUGCCAGCACACCGCACUGCUGAGGCUGCUUUGGAGUUGGCAUUGGCGUGCACGGACUUGCUGCCUGAUGUUGAUGUGUCGACGGCACAUGGCAAGAGUAGCACUGAAAUCCCUCGACAGAGUCUUCCUCAGAGGUCCAGACCUGAUUCGUCCGAACCAAGUGUUGAGACCAAUCAUCAGCGAAUACUACCCUCUUCGCAGGCUCCACCUCCGCGCUCGUCGCGUCGUGUUUCGGACCGUCGCCUGGUCAGAACCUCUAUCGGCAAGGAUUUCGGGAAGGUCGUUGGGAUGGUGGAAGAGUCUACUGAGCCACAGGAAUGGAGUUUGGAAACUACUGCAUGGUCGAGUGACCCCCGAUUGCGACAUCGGUGCAUUGACAAGAGCGUCAUCCCGACGUUGCCAACUUCGACUCCGGCUACUUUUUUCGAGCAGAGAAGCUCUGCUCCGUUAGCCGACGGCGUGUCGGCUCGCGGGGCUCGGGUUUUUACCCAGGACCUCCGUCCCUUCGCAUCGACUGGGGAGCAUGGCGAAGUGGUGGAAGGUUGGGACGAACGUCUCGCUAGGGCAGACGGUGCAGGUCAGCAGCAUGCUCGUAAAGCCGAGGAAGCUACGUCUGUCGAUGCCUCGGCAAGCGGUGACCAUUCGACCGGCGAACCUCCGAGGAUGCGACGCUUAGCUCGCUGCCGUGUAGAGGGUGGGCCUCCCGUCCCCAGCGACGAGCCUUUGAUCAGGAUGAAUGAGAAGCGUGGCCACCAUGAGACGAAGGAGGUGUUGGACCGGUUUGACCCUCUUCGACGUGCGUCGUCGAACACCCUCGAAGGACCGGGGAUCAAGAGGCGCAGGACGAAGCUCAUAGAGAAGGUCGUGUGCAUCCACACAUGUGGACCGCACGGCCACUGUCCGGGGCACAAGUUACUGCCAUCCGGGGCACCCGUCAACGUGUUGCUGUCGACGAGAGGGGGGAAUCAUUAUUCGCACCUCAAAACUCAUCUACGCGUCUGCAACGACCCCUUGUGCCCGGGCAGAGGCAAGGACCCGGCUGACAAGAACAGCUUCAGACCCCCGACCGACUUGGAGCUGGCGGGGCGAACUACGUCUGCCCAGGACCUUCCUCUCUGGAAGAUAUCGGAAAGCAGUGUUCCACAUCGGUUGAAGGUCCUCUUCAUACCUGAUCCCGUGAUAUCGAAUGCUGGACACCAUCUCGAUCCUGACCAAGGUGUCCUCCAUGUAACCAUCGUGAACGCGACCCCGGAGGAGAUACUCGCUCUUGAGCGCGUUGCGCCAGGGACGGUUGCCCAGGAUGUUCCGUCAGAAUUGGAGGCGGAUGUAGCGCCAACGCCUGGUCGCGAUACAAGAAAAGUAGCGUAUUGGGAAUGGGCUCAUCUCCCUAUUGCUCUGCAAGAGCUUUAUGGGAGGGAGGUUGACGUUGUGGGCAUGCCCUACGAUCCCUUCUUUGAGGCUGUCAUGUAUCCCUCCGAGCAUCCGGAUGUGUAUGCGGCCCUACAGAACUACGACAUCAUCAUUGGAGGCGCACUUUUGAAUGAGGAUUUCAGCAAUCCGAAAUAUAGGAUUCGUAACAAUGACGAUCUGUGUCGAUACCUGGCGGGAACGGAGAACUUGCAGAAGUCGACGGUCAUCUACCCACCUCCAGACGAGCUUCUUUAUGGCGGUGAUAAAGUCGUCUUGACCGCCAACUUGGACGCAAUCGCGAGGGAUAUGGCCACAGCGCGACCGCUGACGGAGACGAGGAAGUUCACCGAAAAUCGACUGGAGGUCGUCGGUGUCUACAAGCGGGGUUAUUCUUCGAGGUGCGACGAUGUCGUGAUCGUCCGGUCCGACGCCGAUGCUGUGAUGCGACCCGAGAACGUCUACAAGACGCCCAUCAGACUCGUGCGACGGACGGCCGAGAAGGAGCAGCGCAUGACUCCGUCGACCGGAUUCCACAUCAUAGACCAUGAUUGGCUCGUUCAAGCAUACAUGCGGAGCCUUCACGACCAUCGAUUUGGAGAGCUGCGGUGCUACGUGAUCGGUGGACGCGUCAAACGCAUCGUGCAGACAUCCCCUUGGAAAGAUGAAGGCCUUGUACGAUCCAUUCCCUCUGUUCUGUUGAGAUCCAGGAAGUUGACUCCGAUUUGCAGCGAAGUUUUCAACAAGGGCGAUGUGCCUAUCGCCGAAGCCUGGACGAGGUACACAUGUGCAUCCUUGACCCAUGCUGACUUCCGGGAGGGCCAGCGCGAGCUAGUCGAGUUCGUGGAAGAUUUUGUGUAUCGCUUGAUCCGGCUGGAGAACGACAAGCUUCACAGAUCGACGUCCAGCAUGUGGCUGUUCUGUCGAAUUGACGUUGGGAUUCUUCCGGGCACGCACACUAUGCACUACUUCGUCAACGAGGUAGAGCGGGGCCUCGCCACCUGUCUAUGGGGAUGGCAUGACUGGGCGGACACGGUGAUGGACAUCAACACGAUCGCGGAGUUGAUUCCCUCGUACAUUGCGUACGUUCGCGCUUCUCAGUAA